AUGGACGAAAGAGAAGAGGAGAAAGCAUUCAUCUAAUAAUUACAAAAAUUUUGGGAAUAAAGGGGUGUAACUAUAAAAAUACCUCAAAUUGGAGGUAGAGAAUUAGAGGUUUUUAAACUGUAUAAAGCUGUAACAAAAAGAGGAGGAUUAAAAGUUGUAUCAGCCAAUAAAUUGUGGAAAGUAAAAUUAAAUAUAAAUUUAUAUAGGAAAUAGUAGAUCAAUUCUCAUUUCCAGCUACAUGUACAUCAGCUUCAUUCACUCUAAGAAAUCAUUAUUAAAAAUUACUAUUAGCAUAUGAAUAAAAAUAUUUUUUUGGAAAAGAAGAUGGUUAUAUAUAUGAUGAAGAGAUGAGUUCGAAUAGAAAAAAAACUAAAAUUGGUUUCGAAGAAGAAAAUCAAUAAGCUAGUUAUGCGUAAAGAUAUUAUAUAUAUAUUUUAAAGAGUAGAAGCAGAAGAUAGACAACAUUAAUAAGAAUAUAUUGGAUAACCUCUUCUUACACUUUUAAAUUAAAAUUAUUCAAAAGCAGAUAAAGCAGAAACUUUAUUUUUUAUAAAGAAAUCAAAAAUCUAAGCAUAAGCAAGUGAAGUUAAAAGAAUUAUGCUUGCUUUUGAAAGUAGAAUUGAUGAUGAACUUACUUUUGCCAUUAAUAAUUUAUUAAUGUAUUCAUGCAAUUACUCAGUAAUAAUAUUUAUAUUUAUUAUUUACAGCAAAGUUUUCUCUUGGAUUAAUAUCCACAAUUACUUGACACUAUUACUACGUAUGUAGAAGAUACUAUUAAAUAAAUUAGUUACCUUAAUAAAUCUUAUUCUUUUAAAACUUGUCUUUAAACAAUAGGAUAAUAAUAAUUGGAAAAUUUAGGAUAAUAAUAAAGAAAAUCUAUGUAAGUUUAAACUGAUUUGAUUAAAAAUCAAAAUGUAUUAGAGAAUUAUAAUUCUCAUAUAUCAGUAAUUAUGAAUGAUCAAACAGCUGAAAUUGUUAAACCAAGUGAAUUAAUAUAUCAAAAAAAAUAUAAAGACUUAAUCUAAGGAAAUUAUGAGAAAAAAGCAGAAUGUAAACAUUUGGAAAAACUAAGAACUUUAUUUGUGGCUUUGAGAAAUUUAGCUAUGAUUAGAUCAAAUGAAACUUGUUUUAUGAAAUAAGAUAAAUUACUUUCAUUUUUUUACUAAAUUCUUUUAUCUGGAGCUGAUCAAGAAUUAUCAAAAUCUGUAUUAGAGAUUUUUUCAGUAUUAUCUAAACAUAUACAUUUAAAAUAAUCAGCAUAUAUGGAUCCUUUUAUGCAAAAGUUAAUAGAAAUUCUUAAUGGGGAAUCAUAUGAGGAUAUUGGUCUAGUUACAGAAACUUUAAGAAAUUUGAUUUCUAUUUCAGAUAAUGAAGCCCUUAUUGAAGGAACUAUUGGAGAAUAUAUUGAUUAAUUAGCAAGAUUAUUAAUCUAUUAAAAUUAAGAAUUAAGAGAAAUUGUUUUAGAAUUUUUCUGUUAUCUAAGUGAUUUAAAAAUGGCAACCAGAUUAUCAAUUGCUAAACAUCCUAAAAUAUUAUAAAGAUUAGUAGCCAUUUUAAGUAUUGGAUAAAUUAAGAACAAUUCUCUAAAACAAUAAGAACCAAGAAAUAAUUAAGAUAAAAUAAAUGAAAAGCAUGUCAAAUUAGCAGCUAUUACUCUCAAUAAUAUUUCAUAAGCUCCUGCAGCCAAAUAGUAUUUACUAAUUUUUGAAAAGUAAAUAUUUUAAUCUUUAUCUAAGGGAAUUAUUUUUGGUAGCAGCAUCUGAUGAAACUGUAACACCUUUGCUUUCAUAAAUUCUUUUUGAGUUAUCAUUAGUAGAAUGAAUACAUUAAAUAUAUUUUAAACAAGG